AUGCAAGUGCCAGAGGAGACCGAACAAACCGCUCAGUUAACCUCAGAGCAAGUAAAAUUGUCCUCCAACAUUGCAAAUUACUCUUUUGAAGAUCAAAAAGAAAACAUUAUUUCAAUAAAACAAGGUAGAAGUGGGGCAGCACUCUCACAAAUGUUCUCUGUAACUCCUUCAAAACGUCACGAGCAACUUCAAGAAGGCCACAACAAAUUUUCGCAAGAGCUACAGAAUCUUGAGGAACUCGAUGACCCGUUGGAUGUGUAUAGUCGUUAUAUUGAAUGGACAAUACAAAAUUAUCCGGAAGGUCAUAAUCAUGAAUCUAAUUUGAUACAACUGUUGGAGGCGGCUACCAGGUCUUUUCAAGAUGAUGUUCGGUAUCAUAAUGAUGCCAGGUAUUUAAAAUAUUGGAUACAGUACUCAAAAUAUGUCGAACAACCACGAGAAAUUUUUGUCUUUUUGGAAAAUAAGAAUAUUGGAUCGAAUUAUGCCGUCUAUUACGAGGAAUAUGGCACACUAUUGGAGGGGUCUCAAAAAUAUAAAGAAGCAGAUGAGAUAUAUAAAUUGGGCAUAAGACGGUAUGCCCAACCUCUUGAAAGGUUGAAUCGACGUUAUAAUGAUUUUCAGAUUAGAAUGAUGACCGCGACAUCGAUUCCAGAUGAGAAUGCUCAAACAGCUUCUGAAGAACUAGGCAAUCCACUGAGGAAAAUUCUAGGAAUCAAAGGUUCUGCGUCAGCUACUAAGUCUGCUCCUUUAAAUGUCACGCUUGCAAAGACUUCUACUGGUAGUCGUGAAGCAACAAACAUUCUUAGGUUAGAGCCUGUAAUCCCAAUCGAUGAAAGUCUUCCCGGCACGAGUAAAUUUCCUGUUUUUUAUGAUCCUGAUGGCCGAAAAGGGGCAGCAGCUUUAGCAGCUUCUGAAAAUAAAUGGAAAGAUUAUGGGACAGACGCAUCUAGAAAGAAAGAAAAUAUUCAUGAUCCUUUAAAAUGGAAAGGCGAAACAUUACCUCAGAAAUCGAAUUGCUCAAUAAUCCCUGCUGAAAAGCUCGAAAUUUAUCAUGAUGAGCCACAACGUUCAUCACUUAAUGAAACCAAGCGUCCCAUUGAAGAUCUCAAAAAACUACCAGAGAAUAAGUCUGAUUCAUCAAAAGAGCACAAACCGACGAGAGAGACAAAUUCAUCGCAUACAUUAGCAAAACAUUCAUCCUCCUCGCAAACUCGUAAAGCUAAGUCCAGCCAUGCUCAAUUACCCGAAAAAUUAUUCAUAAAUCUUGGUCAAUUCUACGUCGGCGAUGAAGAAUUUUGUUUUGAAGAGAUCCGAGCAAAGAAGUAUUUGGGAUGGGAUGAUAAAAAUAUCGAAAAAGAAGAGCAUUCGAUCGAUGAAAAAACGUCCGAGUGCUACACGGAUGUGAAGACAAAUCCAACUUCUAAUACCAGUCAAGGAACUCCAAUAAAAGAUGCAACAACUGAUGAAUCAGAAAAAACAAAUCGACCCUCCCCAACGAUAAAUACGAAAGAAGCUUUAGCGGAUAUAUACGAAAUAUUCAGUCAACCGCUCAUACACGAACACAGCGAUGAUGAAAAUGGUGACUAUGGUUCUUCUUCAAGAACUAAACGUGAAAAUAAACCGAAAAUAUUCUUUGAUGAGAAUUCUCUUUUGCGAACUCCAACUUCAUCAUAUAACACCAGUGGAAUUUUUGCCGGCCAGAAGCGAAAAGAAUCACACGACGAAAAUUUCGAUCUUUUUGAAAAUUCAUUUAAUAGUCAGACAUCCGCUAAAAGACAAGCCUUAGGGAUUCUGUUUCCUUUGGACUGCGUUCAUAAAGAAACCGAUCUCGAGAAUUCACAAAGUUUAGAUGAUGAGCUUGACAAUAAAUUAUGUGAAGGACAAAAUUCGCUUACUUUACGUAAUCAAUAUUCGAAUAAUCGAGGAGAUAUACGGACUGUUCCAUUCGAAAUAUUGACACCAAUCGACGAACGCAAUUCGGAAUAUGAAUCUGGAAAAGCUAGUCUUUCUUCAAUAGCAUCGUUGAGGAUUACUGAGUCUAAUGAGAGUACUGGUGAAAUCAAUGACACUUUUGGACAUAAAACUCCAAAACAAGUUAUUCCGUUAUCUUCAAAAUCAGAACAACCCAUAUUACACUUUCAGGCGUUUAACUCUUUACCCGGAAAUUUAUGUAAUCCAAUGGAUCCCGAAAUUCGUAACAAUUUUUUUUCAGAACUUAAUCCACCAUUAAGCAGUUAUAAUGGAUUUUAUGACCAUAAGUCAUUGGAAUUUAAUGGAUCCGAAAAAGUAAAUAAUUGCGCUACGAAUUGGAUAAAUAAUAGUCGAAGACGCAACAGUACGAUGAUAGAUUCAGACUACACUUUAAACCUACUUGGUGAUGCAUUCGAAAUUCGACAAAAGCUUGGAGAAGGUGGAUUUGCAAAAGUUUAUUGCAUGAUCGACAAAAAGAGUCUUAAUAAACCUAUCGGAAAUGAAAUCCAUCAGAGUUCCAAUUGCAACAACAAACCAGCCUUUCGAGCAUUAAAAUUACAAAGACCUCCAGACGCAUGGGAAUUUUAUAUCCUUCAUCAAUUACAUAAACGUGUUUCUGCAGCCACAAUCAAUUCGUUUAUUUCAGCUUAUUCCCUUUAUUUAUUUAAAGAUGAAAGUUACAUGGUAAUGGAAUAUCUUGAACAUGGUACAAUUAUAGAUGUGGUGAAUACGGUAACAAAGGAAAACACCACGAUGGAUGAACUGCUAGUGGGUUUCUUUACGGUGGAGUUGCUUAAAGCAAUUGAAGCGAUGCACACAGCUGGCAUAAUGCAUGGCGAUUUGAAGGCGGACAAUUUACUCGUUCGAUUAGAACCGACAGAAGAAUGGAAUUCACAAUAUUCUCCGACUGGGUCAAAUGGAUGGUCUAAGAAAGGUGUAAAGGUGAUCGAUUUCGGGAGGGCUAUUGAUUUAACUUUGUUUUCCGAAGAGACAAAGUUUAUAUGUGAUUGGGAAACUAACGAGCAAGAUUGUUACGAGAUGCGAGUCGGCAAGCCAUGGAAAUGGCAUGCUGAUUAUUAUGGUCUCGCUGGAAUUAUAUAUUGUAUGUUGCAUCACAAAUUCAUACAAACUACAUGUAUUGAUGAAAACUUUUCAAGAAAACGAUAUAUGCCAUUACUUCCAUUUAAACGGUAUUGGCAAGAUCUUUGGCGACGAAUGUUUGAUAUGCUAUUGAAUCCUUCGUAUGUUCGUCUCGAUGGUCAACUACCAAUAACUAAUGAAUUGCGAGAUGUUCGUCGAGAACUUGAAGGAUAUCUUGUUAUGAAUUGUGAAAGGAACGGCAAGAGUUUGAAAUCGAUGCUUAGAAAAUUGGAGAAAAGGGAGUAUUCGUAA